UGACCGUACCAUAGAAAUCUAAAUAUUAACUUAUCAUUUAGAUUUCUAUGGUAUAUAACAUUUCGGCCUGAAAUAGCCCGCUGUGUGCCUCCCUAUGUUGAUGCUUUUCUCUUAUAAAAGCUUUUCUAUAAACUAAGUGACUAUAAUCAAAUAGCAAAUCAUCACUACUUUGUACACAAUACUUCUUUUAACUGACCCUUUUUAUUAUGUAAUAAACCUUUUACUUAUAUUUAAAAAAUACUUCUCUUGAAGUUUUGUUGUCAUCUGUCAUAUUACAGAGUUCUUUUAUAAGUCACAAUGGCAUAUGUAUAUGUUUUUAGUAAUUUUCUACUUUUAGUAAUUGUACACGAGACGAGCAGUUCUUUAUUAUCGAGGUUUAGAUUCCCCCACGAAUAUGUGGGUCCACCUGAAAUGGUACAGCCUGACGAGUGGCCGCAAGACUUCUACAACAAGCUAAUAGACGAGCGGCCCGAGCUGAAUCUUAUCUUUGGACCCUUGAGGCAAGCAAGGCUACAACAUCUGCCGUUCAUCCAAACCACUGCUGCCCCCAAUAUAACAGACACUGGCAGCAUUAUUUACGAGUAUGCUGUUGAAAGCGUCCCACCUCUCAGCGAUCAGUACGUGGACGACGACAAAGAGACAUCGAGUGAGCCGGCGCGGCAGCCGUCGGUGCUGGCGCUGACGUCACAGACUAAUAGCAGCGCCAUGACCGGCCACAACAGUACUAUAGCCUCCAAGAAAAACAACACCAGAAGUGUUGUGGAUGAUCUAUCGUCUAUGAUUGACACAUUUACAGGGCCGAAGGUAGCUUCGUGUUAUACUUGUAACAAAUGGCCUUUGGGCAUCCCCAGCAACCCGUCCUGCCACGAGGCGUUCCAAUCUGACGACUGGCGUUAUAGGACUAUGAGGAGGUUUUUUCGUGCCCAUUGCUUUCAAAAUAUGUAUAGGACUGGUUGGCGGGUCGAGCCUUUUACGCACCGGUCCGUGACAUACACGAAUGAUAAAGGUCUGAAGCGUGGUUACUACGGGAAUUACGAGGGAGGGUGUUACAAAAGGUUUACAGACGUCAGUGUAGUGUACACGUCGCGUGGGUGUCGGUCCUACUGGCCGGGGCUAGACCGCCACUUCCUAAGUCACAAGUUCGCCCGGCUGGAGGUCAUGCUAAAGGAGAAGAAGGACGCGUGCAUCGCGAGCCCGCACGCGUCGCUGACGCCGCUGGCGCGGGGCAUCUCCCUGUUCAGCCGGCACCACGUGUGCGUCUGCGCUGGCAGGUAUUGCAACGCCGCGAGCAUCAACAACAGCUGUAAACUUUUCUUAUUUAUAGGUUUAGCAUUUGUUAGUCUUUUUAAUUUUAAUUAAAAACUUUAAUUUAUUUUUGUCUUUCUUUUUUACAUAUCUCUAAAUGGUCCUAGAACUUGUGCAAAUUAUGUGCUACCAACUCGAAUACUAAAAGAACACGACUUAGCGUGUAUCGAAAAUUUAAAUAGCUAAAUCAUACACCCUCUAUAGAAUCAGGUUUCUGUCUCGUUCACUCUAACUACACAACGUGUGUAACAGAAAGGAACAAGACAUCUUGUUUACUAGACACACUAAAGACACCUAAAAUCAAUUUCUGAACUAACCAAAACGCUACUAACUUUAACAAGACCAGACACAGACCAAUUUACUGCCAACUUUGAAGAUUCAUACACAAAGUUCUGGACGGAUAUUCGACUCUGUCCUUACCAGUUAGAGUUCAAAUUCGUGUGUGUGGAAAGGGUUGCGGUCUAAAUGAGUUGCUUGUUUGAGCUAUUUAGGAUUAUCAUUAUUGUAUCUUGGUACUGAAAUAGAUUUAAUGUGUCUUCUGAUUUAUUUGAGGCCACGUGGACAAAUUCAUGAGUUUCAAUCGUUAUGACGAUCAGUGGAUUUGUUUUGGAAGUUAAUGGGCUAUUCAUAUGAAUCUUAUUUAUGUUACACAGAUGAACAAAUUCAUAUUGCUCUUUAAAGGAAUUUGUUGAAACUAGUCAGUGGUUAUCUAUCUGUUCUAGUUUAGCUCCAAAAUUGUAGAGCCGAGUUUGUUGUAACUGCAGACCUCAUAAAACUUGCCGCAUUUUACUAGAAAUAGCUCAGUUUUCAGAGUUCCAUACCCAAAGGUUUUCCCAAGUUAUAAAAAAACAAAGUGAAUAAAAACUUUAACAGAUUUGUCAAAUAAUUUAAAUAUUGGUAACAGAUUUAAUAUCACACCAAGAACGAGUUUUCAUUGCCCGUUACACCUGGACGUGCAUUCGAAAUAUUUUAAACACAAUUAUAUCGGUAUCCUGAUCUAUGUAGCAAUAUAUUAAAAUCCUAGCCCGCCCUAAUAAUUUCACCCUGAGCUAUUAAUAAAACCGUAUUUUUAUGGCGUGACAUAUUUUAUUACACCAUCGUUCAGGGUACACGUACGGCCAAAAAAAGUACACACUUUUUGUAAUCAAUUUCAAUUUGUGUGACACCAUGUUUGUUUUAAAAGUUUCUCUCAUU